CAAAUUGUUUAUAAGGCUUAAGUUAAGAGCAUAGAAUUUAAACUUUUCCCUAUAAGACGCAAAUUAAUGACACCAAAAAGUGAGCCAUGUUUGGUCCUGAGUGGGAAGAUAAAACAAACAAUCCGAUUGCUGUGCGGAAGUCUCUCAUGGAUUGGGCAAUAGGCGGGACUACGGUGUCAAGACUUACUAUUGGCUGACUUGUCAGUAAGUCUGUCUGCUUUCUGACCAAUGAAAUUAGUGGCCUACAUUCAUUGCGCUCAUACACAAACCAGAGAGGGCAGUUCUUACCUUAGAGAAUUUGCAUAAGAGCCGUAUAAAUAGCCAGUGUACAUCUCAUUUAAGCAGAGUUGCUCAGUUACACUCGAAUCUAAUAUGCCUGAACCAGCGAAAGCAGCGCCCAAGAAGGGCUCCAAGAAAGCCGUCACUAAGACCGCCGGUAAAGGAGGAAAGAAGCGUAAGAGGACCAGGAAGGAGAGCUACGCUAUCUACGUGUACAAGGUUUUGAAGCAAGUUCAUCCCGACACCGGAAUCUCUUCAAAGGCGAUGGGCAUCAUGAACUCGUUCGUCAACGACAUCUUCGAGCGCAUCGCCGGUGAGGCGUCUCGUCUCGCUCACUACAACAAGCGCUCCACCAUUACUUCCAGAGAGAUCCAGACCGCCGUGCGUCUGCUGCUGCCCGGAGAGUUGGCCAAACACGCCGUGUCUGAGGGCACAAAGGCCGUCACCAAGUACACCAGCUCCAAGUAAAGCGCUGAGUCAUCUUCAGCUAACCCAAAGGCUCUUUUAAGAGCCACUAAUGUUAUUUUAAAAAGAGUUUCCGUUAUUUGAGCAUUGCAUAUUUUGCUUUAACCUUUACAGAAGCGUUUAUUUUGAAACUGAUUUAUUAAUUACCGUGAUUUAUAUAAUAUGAAGUGUGUGUAUGUGUGUAUAUAUAUGUGUGUGUGUGUGUGUGUAUAUAUAUAUAUACACACACACACACAUACAUACAUGUUUUAAAUGACUGAUCUUUUGUAUGCUGGCGAAUAGCGUAGUCUAUUUUGUCUUGAUGUAAAGCAACUGUAAACAUGAGUAACAUAAAAAUAAGAAAUCUAAUUUUAUACGUUUGUGUUCUUCUUUUACACAUUGCUCUGUGAUAAGAAGCCUGUUGAGGCAAUAUGUUUUUAUUUAUUUAUUUAUUUUUUAAUCUCAUUCAUGAUCAUUAAUCUGCAGACUGGCUCCAAAUACAGAAUGUGGCCAGGAUGAUCGUUUUACCUUCACUUUUCCAACCUGAGUGUAAUGAAGCAGAGAAGUGCAAUAGAGUUACUGGUUCUGUUCUGACAGGUAGCACCUCCACUGUUAUGCAGUAAUCUAAGAUUGUUCUUGCAUGUCCAUCAGGUAUAGUUGGACUUGUUUAUUUUUGCAUAUCAGUGUAUGAUCUUAACACAUUGUUAGCAGUGUUGUGCACUUCACAUUUCACUACAGUUUUCACAUUUGAUUUAAAACGUGGUGUUCUUAAAAGGGUAGUUCUCCCAAAAGGGAUUUUUUUGAAGUUUUGCUUACCUUGGUUUUAAAAUCGUUCAAGUUUAUUUUUAUUUUUAUUAUUUUUUUAUUGAUAAUAAUUUAAGUUAUAUAGUGGAAAGCUGAGAACCUGUAACCAUUGACUCUUUUAGUUUGUUAUGGGGUCUCAGUGGUUACUGGUUUCCAACUUUAUUCAAAAUAUCUUCUUUUGUGCUUAACCGAAACAAGAAACUUAUAGAGGUUUGAAACUACUUGAGGAAGAGUAAAUAGAGUAAAUGUUCAUUUUGGAUGAACUUCCCCUUUAAAUAUGAUAUUGGGCCUUACUUGAUGGUCAUUCUGUUGAUGGGAUUAUUUUGAUUCGCCGUUAAAGUGUCAAUGUGAAGAAUGAAACAUCACUGCAGCAUCACACAACACAAAAUGACUGAAUGGACAUUCAGUGUGGGUGAAUUUUACUUGUAACGAAUGUAUUUAAAUAAUCUUAAGUAUUUAUUAAGUGACACAUUAAUGACUUCAGCUGAAAUCAGCAAUAACUAACAAUACAUUUACAAUAAAUGAAAUAGCUGUU